AUGAAGAGGCAACAACAUUCUGGUGAUGUGGGAUGCUUACACACCGGCCGGGGGUCCAAAUCCGGCCAACAAGAGGGUGAUUGGAACAGAGCUGGAAGUCACUGUAACGACAGUACAAAGUUGAUGAGGAACGAUCGAGGAUUAGCAGUGAUACAGACAACGGUAGAGAAGCUUCAAGUGAAACACAAAGACCACAUCGCUGCUUACGGUGAAGGCAACAAGCGGCGUCUCGCUAGGAAGCAUGAAUCUGGAACCAUCAACACGUUCUCUUGGGGAAUUGCAAACUGCGGACCCUCGGUGAGAGUGGGCGGUGUAAUCUGA